ACUAGGGCCACCAACAAAUGAGCGGCCCCCAAUCCCUCAUCCCCAUCUAUCCACCCUCACAGCCCCACCAGCCAGUUGCCUGGACCCGCAGCUCUUACUGCAACCCUCUCAAAUCCCGCCACCUGAAGGAUCCUGGCCUGGGGGGACGCCCAUUCCGUGGCCAAAGAACCCGAGAGGAGGAGAGUUUAGUUAUUCAGGAACACCUGGAGGAAAGGGCGCUGAGGAGAGGCAGGACGGAGUCCCGGAGCCAUGGGUGACUGGGGCUUCCUCGAGAAGCUGCUGGACCAGGUCCAGGAGCACUCCACUGUGGUGGGCAAGAUCUGGCUGACAGUGCUCUUCAUCUUCCGCAUCCUCAUUCUCGGCCUGGCCGGCGAGUCAGUGUGGGGUGACGAGCAGUCGGAUUUCGAGUGUAACACGGCCCAGCCGGGCUGCACCAAUGUCUGCUAUGACCAGGCCUUCCCCAUCUCCCACAUCCGCUACUGGGUGCUGCAGUUCCUCUUCGUCAGCACCCCCACCCUGGUCUACCUGGGCCAUGUUAUCUACCUGUCUCGGAGGGAGGAACGGCUGCGGCAGAAGGAGGGGGAGCUACGGGCACUGCCAGCCAAGGACCCACAGGUGGAGCGGGCACUGAUGACCAUUGAGCGUCAGAUGGCCAAGAUCUCAGUGGCAGAGGAUGGUCGCCUGCGGAUCCGUGGAGCACUGAUGGGCACUUAUGUGGCCAGUGUGCUCUGCAAAAGCGUGCUAGAGGCAGGCUUCCUCUAUGGCCAGUGGCGCCUCUACGGCUGGACCAUGGAGCCUGUGUUUGUGUGCCAGCGAGCACCCUGUCCCUACCUCGUAGACUGCUUUGUCUCUCGCCCCACGGAGAAGACCAUCUUCAUCAUCUUCAUGCUUGUGGUUGGACUCAUCUCCCUGGUGCUGAACCUACUGGAGCUGGUGCACCUGCUGUGUCGAUGCCUCAGCAGGGGGAUGAAGGCCCGGCCAGGCCAGGAUGCCCCUCCAGCCCAGGGUACCUCCGCAGACCCUUACACGGACCAGGUCUUCUUCUACCUCCCCAUGAGCCAGGGGCCCUCAUCCCCAUCAUGCCCCACCUAUAACGGGCUCUCAUCCAGUGAGCAGAACUGGGCCAACCUGACCACAGAGGAGAGGCUGGCUUCUUCCAGGCACCCCCUCUUCCUGGACCCACCUCCCCAAGGGGGCCGGAAAUCCCCUAGUCGCCCCAGCAGCUCUGCUUCCAAGAAGCAGUAUGUGUAGCUCCUGGGGCUUAGGUCACCCAACAAGAAGGGUCCUCAGAAGUCUGGCUGCCUGGGUGCCCUUCCUUGAAGGCUCUGCAGUGGUGACUAGACUGGGGAAGCAGAUGCUUGCUGACCAGGGGACCUCAUUGCAGGUUGUUCUUGAACACCUGGGGCCUCCCUGGUGACAAGAAGGCACUAUGACUUCUGUCCAGAUGUGGCUUUGUCCCAGGCACAGAGCGAGCCAGCUCUGGGUGUUCUUGGCCAAGGUUGUUGUGGGCCUUCUAGCCUUUUUCACCUGACUGAGAGGGACCCAGAGCCAACUCACCCCAACCCCACCCUCAUGGAAGAUCAGCCUGUCCAGGCUGUCCUCACAGGGAUCGGGGCUGCUGGGUCGACCUUGGUCCUGCAGGCGGAGUCUGUGUUGGAUCUCACCUGUCGGGGACUGCUGCUUCGUCUUCCUCACUCCUUCCAGGUGCCACUGUUUAUGCUCCUGAAAUAAACAGGACUUGA